UCAAUACCGCCGGGUCCCUUUCUGCCUGGGCACUGUCCAUCCACACUGCCCCCAACCUAUAGCGUUGUAGGGGAUUAUUGUGGCUAAAAUGUAGGACUCGGCACUGGGACUUAUUAUACAUCAUCUUAUUGGGUUCUGCCCAUCCAUCCAACCGAGCAGUGUGUGUGGUUUGGGUGGUUUCUACAUGUGCUAUAGCUGUCCCGCAGAUAGAGGAUGGUUAUGUUAAUAGAACUGCCAGUCUGCUGCCUUUCAGUGUGCUUAACCAUAAAGAAAAAACACAGAGAAGGACAUAAGACACAAAGAAAAAGACAGAGGAUGUCAAACAGAACCGGGCCGGCCGUGCUAGGCAGCGCAGCACCCCUCUGCCCCGUGCCCGGAGCAGAGGAGUCCCACCCUCCGUGCCCUCAUCUCCGCCGCAGCACGGACCGCCCUCCUCCGCCCGCCCUGCCCGCACCGCCCCCGGGCACGGCGAGCCGCCGGAACCGCAGUCGUGGCGGGGGCGGCCGCGCCAGAUGGGCUGUGGUGUCAGGGACUUUACUGACAGUAACCCAGAAGGUACAUCUUAACCCCUGAAUUUAAAGCUGGAUGGAGAUUCUGCUGCUUUUCUCAGGGAGUCUCUCCCUACCUGCGGGGUGGAGUGAGACGUCGGACCAGGGCCGGCAAUGACGGCACAACGAGCAGCAGGUUCACGGCUAAGGAGAGUAAUCAUAGGAGUUACUGGGAGUGGCCUCACAAGCUGGGAACCGGCAGCAGGAGAGCAUCAGGAAAAGACAAGCACAGAGUAAGGGAAGUGGUGUCAUUCAGGAAGUGGGGGUUGGAGGCUUACUUGCUUGUAACUGAACAUGGCAGGGGAUGUGAAAAGAUUCUCACGGAUGCUUCUGGAGUGCAAUAGCAAUGACAAGCUAUGUGUUGUGCGUGAAUAUCAAACAGAAGUGAUCAUUGUCCCAGUUCUCCUGGUGGGAGUUUUUGUCACUGUGCUCACUGUGAUCCUUUGGCUCCACUGCCGCAGCCUGCGAGCAAAGCAGGAGCAAUCAGCACCAACCGGAUCCCAAGUGACAAGAAAGAAUCAGCAGGAACCCUGUGCAACAGAGAACCGCUACAUCCAGCUGAGUGAGAGAUCUGUGGAGAGCCUGCUAAAUUCUGCAUCCUUGACUCUGAAAGAAUUAGAGAUACCGCGAGAGAAACUCUUACCAGACACCUUGCAGCUGAUAAAACUUGGGAGCUAUGGGAGCAUCUACAGAGCACAGUUGGAAACUGGGAGCUCUGGGAAGACUAAGACUGUGGUAUUGAAAGCCUUGCAAGAUCCAGCUAGUCCCGAGAAAGUAGAGGAUUUCUUGGGAAGGAUUAAAUUUCAUCAAAAUCUUGGCCAUCAUGAGAACCUGGUUGAAUUGGUUGGAUGUUGUGUAGACCAGCUCCCACUUUAUAUGAUCAUGGAAGAUGUGUCUCUUGGUGACCUGCUGACAUUUCUGUGGACAUGUCGGAAGGAUGUAAUGGCAAUGGAUGGUAUCCCCUAUGACCUCACUGAGAGGCAGGUAUAUGAGGUUGGACAGCAGGUUGCAGCAGCUCUGGUUUAUCUCGAAGAAAAGAACUUGUUCCAUGGUGACAUUGCUGCCAAGAAUGUCCUUCUCCAUCACAACUUCACUGCUAAGCUCUGUGGUUUGGGCCUGGCCUAUGAAACUCACACACAUGGUGCCAGCUCAGUCAUACGGAAAGUGCCCGUCAAGUGGCAGGCACCAGAGAGGCUCCUGAGUAAACCCCCUACCAUCAAGGCAGACAUAUGGUCUUUUGGAAUUCUACUGUAUGAAAUGAUUACAUUAGGUGCUCCACCAUAUCCUGAGGUGCCACCUUCUGACAUCUUAUCAUACCUGCAGAAACAGAAUAUUAUGAAGCAGCCCUUGAGCUGUCAGCAAGCCAUGUACUGCAUCAUGAAAUCCUGCUGGCAGUGGAGUGCAGCUCACCGGCCUUCCCCAGCACAGCUCUUGUGCUCCCUGAAAACAGCUAUGAAGACCAGCAAUGGGCACACAGUGCUGCAGCUACCUGAGCCAGUGGUGCCUGAACUCUAUGCUGAUGUUGCUGGUGUUGAUGUGCAUAGCCUGGUGAGGGAAUACACAGUCCUCUGAAGGGUCCUUUCAUAUUUUGGUAAGGAGAAAGAAGUCUCAGAGUUUUCCCUUUCUAAAUAUUUUGCAAGAUCAGAACAAGGUGCAUAUAUUGGAAGGGAUCCCUUUGUUCUUCAAACAUCUAUAUAAUCUUCAGGCCAGACACAAGAAACUGUUAUCAUCAUUGUUAAAUCAACUUGUUGGUAUCAUUCUGCCCGCCAUUUGGAAGUAAAGUGUGUUAGGAAGCUGUAGAAAAUGUAAUGAGAAACUUAACUUAAAGCAGUGUUAGGUUUGUGUGGCAAGGUUUUGGUGAUGGGGUGGACUGCAGAGGUGACUUCUGUGAGAAGAUGCCAGAAACUUCCCUCAGCUCCACGAUGGGACCUGCUGCUGGUCAAGGCUGAGCCCUUCAGCAACACUGGCAGCACCUCUGUGAUUACAUAUUUAAGAAAGUGUAAAAGAUACUGCACAGCAGCAGGUGAAAGAGAGGAGUGUGAAUGUGAGAGGAACAGCUAUGCAAACACCCAGGGCAGGGCAGAAGGAGGGGUAGGAGCUGUUCCAGAGCUGAGAUUUCCCUGAGAUUCUGUGGUGCAGCCCACAGAGAGGUGGCUGAGCCCCUGCAGCCCCUGGAGGGCAGGGGUGGGUGCAGAGAUCCACGUGCAGCCCCUGAAGGAGCCCACCCCAGAGCAGGGGGAUGUCUGGAGGAGGCUGUGACUCCAAGGGAAGCCUGUGCUGGAGCAGAGUCUGUCCUGGCAGAAUCUGUGGAGAGGGGAGCCCUCAUUGGAGAAGGACUGCACCUCAUAUGACUCAUGCUGGAGCACUUCAUGAAAAACAACCCUUGCGAAGAACUUAUGUUGGAGAAAUUCUUGAAGGACCUACUUUCCUUUGGAGGGAUGCCACACUGGAGCAGGGAAAGCGUGUGAGGAGUCCUCCCCCUGCGGAGGAAGGAGCAGCAGAGACAAUGUGAGAUGAACUCACCACAACCCCCAUUCUCCCUGCUGGAUGAGAAAAGGUAGAGAAAUUGGGAGUGAAACUGAGCCUGGGAAGAAGGGAAGGGUGGAGGAAGGUGCUGCAAGACUUGGUUUUAUUUCUCAUUAUACUUCCUAAUUUGAUUAGCACAAAACUAUUUUUUCUCAAGUUGAGUCUGUUUUGCCCAUAACAGUAAUUGGUGAAUGAUCUCUUGCUGUCCUGAUCUUGACCUGGGAGACUUUUGUUCUAUUUUCUCUCCCCUGUCCAGUUAAGAAGAGGAAAUUACAGAGUGGCUGGAUGGGUACCUGCCAUUCAGCCAGAGUCAACCUACCAUGAGGUGUCUGAAAAUUUUUCCCCAUCUUUUCUGUCCCAGGAAAAUGCAUCAGUUGGGUAUUUGAAAGAGGAGAGGUCCUGGGAAACAUACUGGGGUGGUAUUCAAUAAUUCUCUGGGAUUUCUCCAGUGCUUUAUGCUUUAGCUUCCCUUGGGAGCCUGUGCACUGUAUUCAAACACACAAAAAACCAAUCCCCACGCCUCCUUGCCCAACAACAACAAAACCAAACAAAACCCUUCAUGUCUGUGGAUGCAGAAGCUGUUACACAAAUGUCGUACAUCUUCAGUGGAGAGUGUGCUUUCUCUGCAGGUCAGGGGAGUACUUCAAAGCUUAUAUGAAAUUUUUUUAUCAUUGAUUUUAAUGGACAUGCAGACAUCAUAAAAAUUUUUGCACUGGAAGUUGUGGCUAUUUUACUUUCAUUUAAAAAGAAGCAGAAUCAGUCUGUGAAACAGAUUUUCUCACUUCUGUUUUUAAAGUUGAUAGUAUCUUAGGGUUUUUUUUUUUUUUUCUCUUACUAUUUUGAAACUGUGAGCACUAAAGGUCCUUGUGAAAAAAGACUAAAUACACAUUAAAGGAAUAAUUUUACCAUUCUGUGUGAAGAGUGGAUUCAGUGUUCACUCAGCAUCUCCCUACUUAGCAUGACUCUUUCCAUUCUGGUUUCCAUGAAAACUUGUUGGUCUUCUUCCAAAGACAAUGGUAAGAAGUUUUCUAUUUUUAAUGCCAAAUGACAUGAAUUAAAUAGUUGUUCUUUCUAUGUCACUUAGGCUUUGUAGGAAAUGAUGUUUGCUUCCAUAAAUAAAUGUGAGUUCAUACAGUCCAUGUGUCACCACUAUACACUGGGACAUUGCAAAGUCCAUUCAAGAGGAAGCAGUCAGCUUUCUGACUUUUCCCAUGGUGUUUGCUAAUUGCCACCUGGAUCUUCAUAAACCAGUUGGUGUAAAUCUGACCUGGAGAAUUGAGAUACCUUCUUUUCCAAAUGGUAGAAUAAUAACAUCCUUUUCUCUCUCCCUCACUUGGAAACAGUUUCAAAGCUACCUCGUAAAUUAGGUCAAAUUCACAGUUAUCUUUGGUGAAUAAACAAUUUAUUUUAAAAAGCAUUUGAUUGGUUCAAACCUCCCACUGAAAAGUAGGUAUUCAGAAAGGUCUUGCCUGUGAAAUGUGGGUAUGUGGCAGAUAAUACAAUCCCAGAGCUGUGAAAGCAUCCCCAGUGCUCCUGCAGACCUGACAAAUAAUGCACAGGGUGCCUUGUUAAACAGAGAGCUAAAGAUAACAAAUGCAGCACUCUUCUCAGAGCACAGAAAGCAAUGCUCUGAUUUACAAAUGCUCAUAUUUUAUUUCUGUUGUGAAAGCUCGGAUCAAGGAAGUCCAUGGGAAUUCAGAUGCUGAGCACCUCACAGCCUCCAGCAAAAGAUCUACUUUGGUUUCCCCUGCAACAAAUCUGUGCCAAGACCCUGCUUAUGAAUUUGCCCACAGAAAGACAUUUUCUUACUGUAUGACAAGAUGUGAUUUAAUUUCCCUUCAGUAAUGUGUCCUUAUUCAUUCUAAGAAUGUAAGCAUUCUUACUCUGAUUUGUCUUCCCCUGGUUAAUUUGUUGGUUUGGAAGUAACUGAAUCUAGAUGAUAAUAAAUUUUAUACUGGCAUAAUGUAA